AUGACUCCCCCAACUAUGAUCUAUAACACGCACACUACGACUACUGCCUCAGAUGAGCUGAUUCUUCGCCUUCAGUCAGACGUUCAAAACACCGAAGUCAAUUUUGCAGACUGGGAUUCUUUUAAAUUUGCACCAAUCAGAGAGUCAACUGUCUCUCGAGCGAUGACCAAGAGGUAUUUCGAAGACUUGGACAAGUACACUGAGUCUGAUGUUGUAAUCGUAGGAGCGGGAAGCGCCGGGUUAUCGGCUGCUUAUGUUUUGGCGAAAAACAGACCUGACCUUAAGAUUGCAAUAAUUGAGGCCUCUGUCUCACCAGGUGGAGGCUGUUGGUUGGGCGGUCAAUUGUUCUCAGCAAUGGUUUUGAGAAAGCCCGCUCAACAUUUCUUGGAUGAAAUCGAGGUAGCUUACGAGGAUGAAGGUGAUUAUGUCGUCGUGAAGCAUGCGGCGUUGUUCAUGUCCACGUUAAUGUCUAAAGUCUUGAAGUUUCCUAACGUGAAGUUGUUCAAUGCCACAGCAGUGGAGGACUUGAUCACACGCCGCGAUGAAACCACAGAUGAGUUGCGUAUUGCUGGAGUUGUUACAAAUUGGACUUUGGUGGCCUUGAAUCAUGAUACACAGUCGUGUAUGGAUCCCAACACGAUUAAUGCCAACGUGGUUCUUUCAACUACAGGACACGAUGGACCAUUUGGGGCCUUUUCCGCCAAGAGAUUACAAAGCUUGUGUCCCAAAAUUAAGGGUGACUCUUUUGUUUUGGGUGGCAUGAGAGGUCUUGAUAUGAACAAAGCCGAAGAUGCUAUCGUGAAAGGAACCAGAGAGGUUGCCCCAGGCUUAGUGAUUGCUGGAAUGGAGCUUGCAGAGGUUGAUGGAAGCAACAGAAUGGGUCCAACUUUCGGUGCAAUGGCUCUUUCCGGGGUUAAGGCAGCCGAGGAGGUUCUUAACGUGUUUGACUUGAGAAAGAAACAGAAUGAGACAUGCUACGGUGGCUCUCUCCAAAAGUAG